AUGGAUCCUGCAAAGAUAAGAGAGAAAAUCGGUCGCUUUCGGAUCCUCGUUAUAGGACGAGCGAACGCAGGAAAAACUACCAUCCUGCAGAGAGUCUGCAACACGCGGGAUAAUCCAGAAAUAUACAACAGCGCCGGGAAAAAGAUCGACCUUACAGUUUUAACGGCAUCCAGAGAGCGCGGACUGCAUGACAUCGCACCUGUUCAUGGCAGGGUGAUACUUAACCAUGUCUAA